CCUGCAUUCACUGUUCCUCCAAUGAGGAGCUCACUUCCUGAUGACGCGCCUGUUGUUGGCCUGCUCUGUGCAAGUGAAGGGGGUGUGGAUGGCUGUUGUUUGUUGCCGGGGAAGAGCAAUGGAGCCGUGCAGGAGUAUGAGCUGUGAGGGGCAGAGAGAAGAGGAAUGCACGGCGCCCAUGUCGGUGCCCAAUGUCAGGGAUAUAAAGAGAGAGCAGGAGAAGCUGUCCGGGGUGGUGAAGAGUGUACACCGGAGUCUGCGGAGGAAGUAUCUGGAAGCUGGUGAUUUUGACAAAAUAUGGAAAGAACAUUGCCAAGAUGAAGAGAAACUUUUCGAAUAUGCUGCUGCAAUGAAAAACUUGGCAGGUUGUCACUGGGCUAAGAAGUGUGAAGGAGAAGGCCGCAUCGAAUGGUGUCUUGGGGUUUGUCAAGAAUAUUUCUUCAAUGGAGGAAAGAGAAAAGCGCUUGAAAAAGAUGCAAGGAGAACGGUAUUAAACAAUCAUCAGUCUGCUGCUUGUGAACAAAUGCUUGCUUCUGGCCUGAGCAUUUCAAAUGGCAACAUGCCAAAUCAAGAAUUUCACCUUCCUGGGAAGAUCAGAUUACUUGAUGUAGGAAGCUGCUAUAAUCCAUUUGUAAAAUAUGAAGAUUUUCUUGCUGUUGGUAUCGAUAUUGUGCCUGCUGUUGAGACGGUCUACAAAUGCGACUUCCUGAACUUGCAAAUCCAGAGACCUCUUCAGCUUGCACCUGAUGCCAUUGAGGCCUUCCUGAGGCAGCUGAAAAAUCCCAUAGAUUAUCUACCUGCUGAACUGUUCCAUGUAGUUGUCUUUUCCCUUCUACUGUCUUAUUUCCCAUCACGUUACCAGCGAUGGAUUUGCUGUAAGAAAGCUCAUGAACUACUUGCACUGAAUGGCUUGCUGCUCAUUAUCACCCCAGAUUCUUCUCAUCAGAAUCGUCAUGCAAUGAUGAUGAAGAGCUGGAAAAUUGCCAUUGAAUCUCUUGGUUUCAAGCGUAUGACGUACUCCAAAUUUUCCCACAUGCAUCUCAUGGCAUUUAGAAAAACAUCACUAAAAACUACAAGUGAUCUGAUUACAAGGAACUAUCCGGAUAUGCUUUACAUCCCUCAAGACUUCAAUUAUGUUGGAGAAGAGGAAUACUCCAGCCCUUCAUGUGCCAGAUCUGAAAUGGAAGAAGAACAAUUAGCCUACACAUUCUCCGAGCUGCCAGACGCUCCUUACGAUUCUGAUUCCGGAGAGAGUCAAACCAGCUCAAUGUCUUUCUACGAGUUUGAAGAUCCUAUUCUCCUCCUAAGCUAAACUGGUCCUAAAUAUUUCCAAUGCCAAUAUGGCUGUAUUGCCAAUAGCAAGAUACAGACUUGAACCAGAAAAAAAAUUAAAACGUUUACAAAGUUUGCUAUUUUCUUACUCCCUGUAUUUUAGAAAUUUUUACUGCUGCGGAAAACUGGAUGAUACUUUGUAGUAAUGGUUAAACCGUUUUUAUUUUGUUUUUUUGUUUUUUUCAUUUCUGUCUUUAGGGCCCAUUCACACCUGAGCAUUUCGU